AUGUACACAUGCGCGUGUGUGGAGGUAGAGAAGGGCCGGGUGCGUUUGGUCCGCUGGGUCUACCCCAUCCAUGGCAUCCCCGAGGCCCCUCCUCAACCCUCUCAUCCAGCGGUGAUAGAAUGUGAGGCUCGCGGUCGAGUGGAGGAGAGAGUGGAGGUGCUGUUGACGGGAUGUGUUCCUGGCUCCUCCGUCAGCAACACAGACACACCUCUCAGCAGCGCCCCCUCCUCAGGAACCUCAGCAGGCUUCAGACUGGCUCUAGAAGACUUCCUAUGUGAGGUGUGUUAUAACAGUGAUGCUGAGCGGUCACAGCUGGAGGGCUGUGUAACCCUGUCUCUACUGAACUGUCACAGAGACCUCCACUCUGGCAUCGUCUCUCUCACCGUCAACCUCAUCUUCACCCCUUACAAACCUCUCAGAUGUUCAGCUGUGCUGGCGGUUCAGUGUUUAACAGGUGGGCUCUGGAAGUUUCCCAUCAGCCUCAUCUCCACCGAGCCGCAGGUUGAUGAUGUCAUCACCAUUAACGCUGCAGGGCUACACAAGACCUCUGCUGUGGGCUUCAGACUGACCAGCCAGACCAGGUACCCAGAGCCGUUCACAGCAGGGUUCCUGCCAGGUGGGGGCAGUGAAUUCCAGGUGUGUCCCUCCUCAGGUGAGCUCCUCCCAGUGGGGUCAGCCGGUACCCUCCUCACCGUCUCCUUCACCCCCUCCAUGUACAGCAAGAGACACCACGCUACGCUGCUGGUCCAGACAGCAGACAUGCAGUGGACGUACGAAGUGAAAGGAAUCACGCCUGCUUACACCCCACCCUGCUCUGCCUCCUCCAAUGGGAACACCUCUUCCAGGGAACUCCCUCCCACUGAUGUCCGCCAGAGGAACUUUGUGUCCCGGAACCUUCAUCUCCCAGCCAUGGCUAACUCCUCCCCCAUCAAACACAGAGCCUCCGCCUCGCAGAACAGAUAGAGGGAUCAUUCUCACAGUACACACACACACACACACACACACACACACACACACACACACACACACACACACACACACACACACACACACACACACACACACACACACACACACACACACACACACACACACACACACCUCACCCCCACCCCAUUCCUGUGUCAUUGAAAUGAUCAUGCAGGAGGUUUGAAUAAUUAAAGUGCCUGUACUUCACCUCAUUGUCAUCAUUAGAUUUCUGUUAACCUCUGACCAUAUGGACAUUCUGUUCUGCACUUGACAUGACUUUGGAAAUGUUCUCAAAUGAGAGGUGUGUGUUCAUAUGCAUGUGGGGUGAAAUCCCUCUUGUCAUCCAGGUCAGUGAACCAGGGGUCUUUCUCUCACCCUGAAUUCCAAGACCGGAUUAUCUCCCCUCUCAUUUCUUAGCCUGUCAUUUAGUCUUAACCGGAUGAAAUAACAAACUCUGGUUUAGAGAGAGAGAGCGACAUUAUCUCAUUUAUUUAGGCAGCAUUAAUAUUCACUUGUAUUGAUUAUAUCAGAGCGUAGGUUUGGAUUAGGGAACAGAUUGAUCCUGAUUAUAUCAGAGCGUGGGUUUGGAUUAGGGAACAGAUUGAUCCUGAUUAUAUCAGAGCGUAGGUUUGGAUUAGGGAACAGAUUGAUCCUGAUUAUAUCAGAGCGUAGGUUUGGAUUAGGGAACAGAUUGAUCCUGAUUAUAUCAGAGCGUAGGUUUGGAUUAGGGAACAGACUGAUCCUGAUUAUAUCAGAGCGUAGGUUUGGAUUAGGGAACAGAUUGAUCCUGGAUCGAGAUUAGAAGGAAAACAGUCAUUCUCUGAAUAAUAGACUUCAGCAGUAGACAAUAUGGAGUCACAUUGACAUCCCUUAUGCAUUAACACAAAACACUGUUUAUGAUUGCUGAGUGUAGGCUACUAUAUAUGUCUGUUGUAAAGUCAAAAGUGAUGAACAUCUGGAGAUUCUGGACCUGAGACUGUCUCUGUCCGUUAUCACGUGGUACUGAACUCUACCUGAGACUGUCUCUGUCUGUUAUCACGUGGUACUGAACUCUACCUGAGACUGUCUCUGUCUGUUAUCACGUGGUACUGAACUCUACCUGGGACUGUCUCUGUCCGUUAUCACGUGGUACUGAACUCUACCUGGGACUGUCUCUGUCUGUUAUCACGUGGUACUGAACUCUACCUGGGACUGUCUCUGUCCGUUAUCACGUGGUACUGAACUCUACCUGAGACUGUCUCUGUCCGUUAUCACGUGGUACUGAACUCUACCUGGGACUGUCUCUGUCCGUUAUCACGUGGUACUGAACUCUACCUGAGACUGUCUCUGUCCGUUAUCACGUGGUACUGAACUCUACCUGAGACUGUCUCUGUCCGUUAUCACGUGGUACUGAACUCUACCUGGGACUGUCUCUGUCCGUUAUCACGUGGUACUGAACUCUACCUGAGACUGUCUCUGUCCGUUAUCACGUGGUACUGAACUCUACCUGGGACUGUCUCUGUCCGUUAUCACGUGGUACUGAACUCUACCUGAGACUGUCUCUGUCUGUUAUCACGUGGUACUGAACUCUACCUGAGACUGUCUCUGUCUGUUAUCACGUGGUACUGAACUCUACCUGAGACUGUCUCUGUCUGUUAUCACGUGGUACUGAACUCUACCUGGGACUGUCUCUGUCCGUUAUCACGUGGUACUGAACUCUACCUGAGACUGUCUCUGUCCGUUAUCUUGUAGUAUUGAACUCCACCUGAGCAGAGAAGGGCCUGCUGUUGAGAUCACAAGAGCAAAGUGGAUGGUACCAGUGUAUGGCUCUAGCUGACAGCUAGACAGGAUUCAGUUACUGACCUAGUUCAGCCUGCACUAAACCAGCAGGCUGAACAAGGUUAGAGGGAGCUCAGAGCGCAGAGUUCCGAGUGUGUAUAUCACCUGUGAGAGCGAUUAGCCAAUCACGGCCGGGCACACGCUCCCACCGAAGAAACUGUCUCGCUCUUUGAUGUGAAAUGUAAUUAAUGCUGCAAAGCCCCUCUCCUCGCAGUGAGUAUCCCCUGCCGUAAAUGACAGGGGAGGGAGCGGGAGAGAGACAGAGACAGAGAGAGAGACACAGAGAUGACAGGGGAGGGAGCGGGGGAGAGACAGAGACAGAGAGAGACACACA